AUGGAUCCGUUGCCAAAUAAUGCCAUAGUGUACUUCCGCCAUCCAGGGCAUCCACUGGAACUGCUUGAGGUUAACACAGAGUACGUCUGUGAUGGUUGCAAGACCAAUGGAUCCGGGACAACGUACCGAUGCAAUUCGUGCGAUUUCGAUCUCCAUGAAUACUGUGGUACAUGCCCCGGAACCCUCUCCUCCUUCAUGCAUCUAUACCCACCCAGUCUAGUAGUCCACAACGCUCAAGCCACUAGCCAGAACGAACCCGUCUGUGACGUCUGUGGUGACCAUGUGGAAGGGAUGUUCUACCGGUGCGAGAACUGCGAAUUCAAUCUUCACCCACUUUGUACCCUGUUGCCUCAGUCCCUACGCCAUGUGCUCCACCUGGAGCAUGAGUUGACCUUCCAGGCCGACGCAUCACCUGACUUGUGUGCCAUUUGCCGAGGCUCGUGUUGUUCUUGGCGUUAUAGGUGCGGAGCUUGUGGCUUUGAUAUUCAUAAGGAAUGCAUUCUAGUACCCUGUGAUCCGCCAACCCAACGCUCAGUUCCGUUUAGUCAGCCAGGGCCACCACCACAAUGCCCAAUUCCGCCAUUUGGUCCAUCAGGGUCGCCACCAUAUGGUGGUUCUGGUCAUGGGAUGCCUUCUGGGUAUGGUCCACCAGGGCCGCCACCAUAUGGUGGUUGUGGGCCGCCACCAUAUAGUGGUUAUGGUCAAGGUAUGCUUUCUGGGCAUGGUCCACCAGGGCCGCCACCAUAUGGUGGUUGUGGUCAUGAGAUGCCUUUUCGACAUACUCCACCAGGGCCGCCACCAUAUGGUUGUUAUGGUCAUGAGAUGCCUUUUCGGUAUAGUCCACCACGGGCACCACCAUUUAGUGGUUUUGGUCAUAGUCCACCUUCUGGGUAUAGUCCAUACAACAAUGGAAACCAUCAGACUCCAACAGUUGGUAGAACAACAAAUGGGAAAAAGUGCAAGAUGUUUAGACUUGUACGACAACUAGGUAUUGGGCUGGCCUCUAAUGCCAUCUUUGGAUUAAUAUUAUAG